GUGACGCUCAGAACAGCUACCUCAGGCGCACUGAGACGCGCAGAGAAGACGCAGUCAGAUCCAGUAUGGCGCUAUCAAAUGUCCUCGAAACUCCUGCAGCUGGGUUUAAUUUCGACAACGCAGCAAGGAAUGCUGCAUUAGAGGGCCUUUUUGGUGAGGGACAGACACCUAAAGCGAUGAAAACAGGCACCACCAUAGCAGGAGUUGUGUUCAAGGAUGGGGUGGUGCUGGGAGCAGACACAAGAGCUACCUCCAGUGAAGUGGUGGCUGACAAGAUGUGUGCCAAGAUCCACUACAUUGCUCCAAAUAUAUAUUGUUGUGGAGCAGGCACAGCAGCAGAUACAGAGAAGACCACAGAGCUGCUCUCCUCCAACCUCACCAUAUUCUCUCUGAACAGCGGGAGGAACCCUCGAGUCGUCAUGGCCGUCAACAUAUUACAGGAUAUGUUGUACAGGUAUCACGGCCAAAUUGGUGCCAAUCUUAUACUUGGAGGAGUGGAUUGCACUGGGAACCACCUGUACACAGUGGGGCCAUAUGGGAGUGUAAAUAAGGUGCCCUACCUUGCAAUGGGAUCUGGUGAUCUAGCUGCUCUUGGGAUUUUAGAGGAUGGGUUCAAACCUGACCUGGAGCUGGAGAAGGCGAAGGAGCUCGUGCGUGUUGCCAUCCACGCAGGCAUCAUGAGUGACCUCGGCUCAGGCAACAACAUCGACAUCUGUGUCAUCACCAGGCAGGGAGUAGACUACAUCAGACCCUACCAGGUGUCAGAGUUCAAAGACAACAGGAAAAUAAAAUACAAAUAUCGUCCAGGCACGACACAGGUUCUGACAAAGAAAGAAGUCCCCUUAAAGCUGGAAGUUGUACAGGAGACCGUGCAGCAGAUGGAUACAGCCUGAGUCACGACGUACAUUCUCACCACAUAAAUACCACAACAAUAAACAGUAAAAGUCUUUCAAUUUAAUAUGUUACUCACUAAUUUUUAAAUAUAAGAAGUGAAACAUCUCAAAUAUUAGAUAAACACUGUCAUCAUGGUUUCUACUCUGCUGCUAUGCUUCACUGUAAUGUGGAAAAGGUCAGAAAUACUGCAGGAGUUAGUACUACAUUUAGCUGAGAGACUGCUACCGGGCAACAAUGAGAAGACUGUAGCAUGUUUUUACAAUCGGGAUUAUAAUAAAAUGUCAUUGAAUAAAA